GCGCGAUUCGUUAUAUAGGCGUCGGCGAUGCGCGCGCCGCGCAGUUACUGUGUCACUAGAGCCCGCGCGAGAGGUGGCCUGCAAGGACUGUACCGCGCCGCCAACCUUUUUUUCUGUGCGUGCGAUGUUUUCACUUUCGUCAUUUUGACCGGGCCAGUUUGAUUUGACGUCGCUCGCGCACGGACGUGCCUAGGACCGGACGUUGUGUUAUCCUGUGAUCGCUGGUGCUUCGGAUUGUUUGUUCUCAUUUUGUAUGAUUUAUUUUGUGAAAGAAUGGCUGUGAUGCAGUGUUAAUAUGUUUGACAGUAACUUCCUUUUGAGUUUCUACAAUGAGAUUGCGAAUAGAAGUGCACUACAGUUGGCAAGUGCUGGAAUGAUGGGCGAGGGUCUGCUGACGCUGACGUACGGCAAACACCACGCCUGCAUCUUGAACGAGGUGGGAGCGGCGUGGCGUGGCGCCAGGUACUCCGACCUGGUGCUGGUGUGUGACGACGCCGUGCCGCUCGCUGCCCACCGCAUUGUGAUGGCAGCCGCUAGCCCACUUAUUAGAAAAAUCCUCGAUGAUACCCCAUCAGUAGAAAAUCCAGUAACCAUUCACAUGUCUGGAAUUAACAGUACUUUAAUGAGGCAUCUUCUAGUAUUUUUGUACAGCGGCCAAGCAUAUAUCGAGUCUGGAGAAAUCGAUGAUAUGCAAGAAUUGUUUGAACUCCUGGAAAUCAAAUCAGAUGUAUGGAAAUCCACAAAGGAGCGACAGCAAGCAGAGGAGAAAAACAGAUCAUGCGAAAGAUUAAAAGCAAAAAGAACAGACAUCAAUAGCAAUGAAAGCAGUAAACAUGACGCACCAUCCGGUUCUUCACAUUCUGAAAGCGAAAGAGUUACGCCUAGCGCUGGUUUCAGUAGAGACAAAGAAAGAGGAGAAUCAGAAUCAUUAAGUAUAAAGAAAGAGAACAUGUCGACAAGUAGUAAUGAUGAAAGGGAAGAAGAUGAUGCGGACGGCGAAAACAAAGAAUGUGGUCGAGUAUCAUCACGCCGGCGGAGCUCAUCUAAUCCUGUAAAUCUAUCUUUGGCAAGAAACUCGGAACACACUGGAAGCGAACACGACGAUUCACAAGAUUUGGAUGUUGAAACAGUUGCAGCAAAGAACAUUGAACGAAGACGGUCUACUUCAUCAAGCCAAGAGGAUCCUCCACCUGAACCCGGUUAUCGAAGACAACUAUUAAAUGACCGAUUAGGCAGAGGAAGCGAAAGGACAAAAAGAAAAUCACAUUACUUGGAACCUCCCGAACUUGAUUUAAGAACUGUUAAAUUGGAAGAUUAUGCUCAUCUUAAGCCCCCUGAUCAAGAUUUGAUGUCACUUGUACAGACAUCACCAGAGAACUAUGUUGUCACGCCACACCGAAAACGACGACCCGGUUUUCAUAAUUCACCAUCACAAAAUCCCCCGUUUGUAUCGUUUCCACCAAGCUAUUUAGAAGAGAUGGCUCACCUUCGAUAUGCACAGGGGCCGGGAGUUGCUGCUGGAGUCGCUCGUCUCGGAGCUCUACAUCCACUUAGCGCUUCAGCACCUCCUUAUCUCCCGGAAAGAAGCGCUACACCACCGGCAACGGCGCAUGAUGACGUACUAAAGUACAGACCUCCUAGCGCAGGAUCGUGGGGACCCUGGCUUUGUCAACCUCAAAUCGGGGGAGAUGAAGCGCCGACCACAGAACAUGAACAAGGAUCAAGUAAACAGGCUCCGGUUAGGGAAUAUCGCUGCGAAUAUUGUGGAAAACAGUUUGGUAUGUCAUGGAAUCUCAAAACACAUCUCCGAGUCCAUACUGGAGAAAAACCGUUUGCGUGCCGGCUGUGCGUCGCCAUGUUUAAACAAAAGGCUCAUUUAUUAAAACAUCUUUGUUCGGUUCAUCGGAAUGUGAUAUCAUCGAGCGAAAACGACGGAAGAACUAACACUCCGGGCCGAUUCAACUGUUGUUUCUGUCAGUUAACUUUCGAAGCGUUACCGGAACUCAUUCGGCAUCUCUCAGGCCCGCACAAUAGCCUUCUACUCAGUAAAAAUUUACACGAAUGACGCCCGUCUUCGUGACGCGGCCUCACGCGUUCUGUUGGACUUUGAAACUCCUCUCAAUCUGAGAGUUUAAUUGUGAUAUGUGUGAAAAAGGUUACGUAGGUAGUAUAAGAAAUUAUUUUUAAGUUAUGUGAUAUCGCAGAGCGAUACUCAUAGUUAGACAUUCGUGGGAAGAGGUCAAGCGGAUGUGUCGUAAUAUAAGGAUCAUGUUUGCCGAAUGGGUCCAAAUUGUUAUAAUUUGUUUAAAAAUUAUAAUUCGGGACCAAUACCUUCCGAGAUAGUAUUUAUUUGAAAAUUUGUAUUUCAUUAGCGUAAAUAUUAUUUAAAAGCCACCGACACAUUAAUUCCUUAAGCCUAGAAAAUAGAUGCAAUUGUCAAAGAAAAGUUGCGAAGUCUUAAAAUCCGUAAGAGAACGUCACACCAUCUACCUCCUAAGUUAAAACCACAUUUCAUGAAACUGCAGGUGACGUCACUACAACAUUGACUGUAGACCGCAUAGUUUUGAACAGGGUUUACGCUCAAUGUUUCUAGUCAGAAUAAUUGGAACUAAGCAUAAAUAAAAGUAACUUAAUAUUUGGUGCUGAACUAAAAAUUCUUUAUCCCAACCCUUUAACACUCUUUUAGUUGUACUAUCUAUUUAAUUCUACCAUUGCCUAUCCUUUCAACAUUUUACUGUUCACCUUUGUUCCAAGAAAAAAUUUCUGACAUAACGAUUCGCAGCUUUUCAUGGACACUAAAAAUCUCAAUAUUAGUUUUAUCAUUACCUUAUUUGUAAUAUGAAUAAAAAAUGUGUUCGUAUGUUAAAUUUGAAUCAGCCUAUUCUAGAUUUCGUGCCGAUUAUGAUGUGUGGAUGAGCACCAAAGAUUUGUGAAGCAUGGAAGUUGUUUUGGUGUACAAUUAAGAAAAAUUAUAGGGACCUGAAUUGAAUUUGAUGUGUUAACGUAUGUAGGUACCAAUUUAAUAAUCUCAUGACUGUAAUAGUAAGCUUAUUUCUAUGUUCUACAACUUCUGUAAUUCCACUACGUGCUAUUGUAUUAAAAUUAUUCUUUCUAUUUUUGAUAAAUUUAUUCUAGAUUUAAUGUAUCACAACAGGCAUUAUUAAUACUUUAUCUUAAGCUAUUCUAAAUCUUCAAAGCUUUUAAGACGUACUUCUAUUAUUGUGGCCAGUUAUUUUUAAAUGGUAUCUUAGUUACAACCGUGUUUGUUUUAUUUGCUUGUAAACCUUUUAUUUCGGAAGGCCUUAUUACGUAUAAUUAUUAAAUUCUCUCUUCACAACCAAACCUGACUCAUAUGUACUUUUAAAGCAAUACGUUCGAUUAUUCUAGUUACUCUUUGUAAUACUCAUCAUCUAAAUCAUUUGAAAAACAUCGAUAAUUGCUAUUAUUGCAAACGUCCGUUUCUUUAGAAGAUUCUUCAACAAUUUUAUUGAAACUAUUUAUAUGUUUAAAAACUAAAGUUACCAGCAUGUUGUUCAAAGCGUAGAUUAAAUGACAAAUUUGUCGAAUUGCUUUAAUUUUUUUCUUCGAUGUUACCUAUCGUUAUACCUGACUUUGUUUUAUUUUUCGUGUUUUGUUUUACUUUUAACGUCGUAUUGACGGUUAUUUUUAAUUGGGAACAACUUAAUCAUAAGAAUUGUGAUUGAGGUAUCAUUAGAUUAACGUGUAUGUGAUAAUCUGUUACUAUUGUAAGUUUAACGAGAACGCCGUCUUCCAUUGCGUUUUCCAUUUUCGAAAUACUUUAUUUGUAAAUAUAUUUAGUUAUAAGACACUACAUGACAAUAACGUCCAGAAAACAAAUCGCUGCCGCUGUUACGUAAACUCGAACAAAAUGAAUGAUAUUAAACUCGAAGGUUUUGUAGAUUUAUGUAAAAUGUUGUGAUAUUCCGGCGUGAUGCCAAUUUGCCUUACUGUACAUGAAACAAUGCAAUUCGCAUUUUUAGUUUGUGCUUCAUACAUUGUUCGUAUUAUAACGGUCAAUUGUUUUUACAUAAGUAUAAACUUUCCAAACGAAAUUGUAUUUUUAUAAUGCUAUACGUAAUUUAGAUGAGAUUAAUGUAUGAAACACAAUACUAAUUUUAAAAUAACUUUUUUUUUAAAUUGUCAGAAAUGACGCCGACAACUUAUGUAAAUAAAAUGUAAUUGUAAGUAUACUUGAAAAAGAAGCUUAACUUAAUUCUUGUUGAACUUGAAUAUUGAUUUUUCUGUUAAUUGUAAAUUAAAACGUAUUUUUAAGUUUUCACAUAGUGUACAAUUUUUGUAGAUAUUGUUUAGUACAUUAACAUUCUGUAAAAAUGUGUUCUUACCGUAGUAAAUUAAAUAACGAGAAUAUUUUAGUUACACAA